UUCAGCACAAUUAAGACCUUAAAUUUCUGUAUGAUGAUUUAUUAAUUUGUAUAAAUUAUUCUGUACUCCACAGUGUAAUGUGAUGGUAAGGGAUAGAAGAGAGCAACCACAAUCAAGAACUUGUAGAAAGCUUUUAAUUUUUUUUUUUUAUUCAUGUGCUGAUUUAUAAGUCUAAUUAUUUAUUGUGUCCUCAUCAUGGUAUCACUGUGGUGUAUACUGUUGGCACCUCACAAAUGAUAAAAAGUGUAUGUAAAAAUUGUAGAGUUCUAGAGAUGCUUAGGGAAAGAUACCACGCGGGUUGUGGUAUCUUGAAGGGUAUUUCAGCUUUUACUGGCUAUGAGUUCAGAGAUAAGCUUUGUGUAUAUUUUAUGCUGAUUGAGACACCUGUACUAAUGUUACAUUUUUUUCAGGUACCUCGUUGAUACCUUGCAGAGGCAAUGGAAGCAAUGAUGAAAACCCUGUUGUAAUUAAAGCAUUUAAAAAAAAGUAUUCUUUGCUGUGCAAUACUCUUAGUAUCAUUCAAUGCCUACUAUUUCAGAAGAUGAAAAAGAAAAUGGUUCUGGAAGUAAUGGAAACACUGAAAACAGACCUGGAAAAGAAUCCCCGGAAGCUUCUCUUCACGAUCCUGUGAAGCCGUACUGCAUGUCAGACGCCUCCACUGCAUCCUUGGUGUCUAGAGAAGAUGGGCAUUAUCCAUGGGGAUGUCCUGUGACUCAUACAAGAGAGAAAUUUUAUACCAUCUGCUCAGACUAUGCUUUUUUAAACAGAGUAACAUCUAUUUGUAAAAGUCCAAGUGCUUCAGUUAGUGCCUGCCUAUCAAGUAGUGCUGCCUUAAACGUUGGAAAUAACACACCUAACUUACUCAGCAUUCAAACUGGUGCUUCAGAGAUUAUCUACAAUGAAGAUGCUAACUUGGAAAGCCUGCCUGGCAAUCUUGGAAAGCUUCCACUGGCAUGGGAAAUUGACAAAUCUGAGUUUAAUGGCGUGAACUCAAAUCUGAAGAACAAAGCAGGCAACAUGAAGAAACAAGGGACGAAGAAAAAAUCUGUGGACAAAAAAAGCAAACAAUACAGGGAGUGUCCUCAGCGUUCAGCUCUUGAAGACGUGAAGGAGAGAAAAGUAUUGGACCUUCGGAGAUGGUAUUGUGUUAGCCGACCUCAAUACAAGACUUCCUGUGGAAUUUCAUCCUUAGUGUCUUGCUGGAAUUUCUUAUAUAGUACACUAGGAGCUGGAAGUUUACCCCCCAUCACUCAAGAAGAAGCCUUGCAUAUACUGGGCUUUCAGCCCCCAUUUGAGGAGAUUAGGUUUGGUCCCUUCACUGGAAAUACAACUCUGAUGAGAUGGUUUAGGCAAAUAAAUGAUCACUUCCAUAUCAAAGGAUGCUCAUAUGUUCUGUAUAAGCCUCAUGGGAAGAACAAGACAGCUGGAGAAACUGCUGCAGGGGCUCUAGCAAAGUUAACGCGUGGACUGAAAGACGAAUCAAUGGCCUACAUCUACCAUUGCCAAAACCAUUAUUUUUGCCCAAUUGGAUUUGAAGCAACCCCAGUAAAAGCUAGUAAAGCCUAUAGGUUGCUGGAUUUGGACUCGGGAGACCUGGGUUCAGUUCCCAGUUCAACCACAGACUUCCAAUGUGACUUUAGGGGUCGUGUCUUGCAGCAAGAAGUAGAAUAUUGGAUCUUAAUUGGAGAGCCCAGCAGAAAGCAUCCAACAAUACAUUGUAAAAGGUGGACAGAUAUUGUCACUGACCUAAAUACUCAAAAUCCAGAAUAUCUAGAUAUUCGACACCUAGAGAGAGGAUUGCAACAUCGAAAAACAAAGAAGGUUGGAGGAAAUCUUCAUUGCAUCAUUGCCUUUCAGAGACUUAACUGGCAAAGAUUUGGUCCUUGGAAUUUUCCAUUUGGGAAUGUGAGACAGAAUAAACAAUCCCAAACACAGGGACAAGGAAUUUCCAAAUCUGAGAGUGAAGACAAUAUAUCUAAGAAACAACAUGGGCGACUGGGUCGAUCUUUCAGUGCUAGCUUUCAUCAAGAAUCUAUGUGGAAGAAAUCUAAUCUUCGGGAGAGGAGGAACAGUGGAUAUCAAAGUUACAAUGAUUAUGAUGGAAAUGAUUAAAAUUAACUUUAGAUUAUAGAGUUGAUACAUUAAAGUUAGUUUUAAUCAAAACAUAUUAGGGAUUUAUUAGUCCUAGAACACAUAAGAAUAGAAAUUAUGGUAUAAGAUACAGCUUCAUAAUUAUUAAAUAAAUAUGUUGAUAUGGUUGCAAUAGACGAGACCUGAUGUAUAAAGUAACAGAUAAGCACAGAUUAUUGUAAUUUUGCAAUCAAAGGUGAAUAUGAUAGCAAAAUCAAUCAUUUCUUUUGAAAUAAUUGUACUAUGUCCUGAUAUGUGAAAACAAAAGAGCAGGUUGAAAUCAGUCAAUGUAAUAAACAAACUUCAUUGAAUAUAUUUAUUGUUAAAAAGCAUGAAAAAUUAUAACAUUGUAAAAAAGGGUUAUUCUGCAAAUGGUGUAAGGAUAAAAGAAAACAUUGCCUUUAUUUUUAGCACUUCAUUUUAGUAAGGCUGCCCAUAUCCAGUGCAAAUGAAAAAAACCAUCACAUAGGUUAGAAAACCUUGGAUUUACAAAGAGAAUGUAGAUUCUCAGUUUAAGUCCUAUUUGGCUUCUGUCAGUCAGAUAAUCAUAUCUUGUCAAGAAGGUCUCAGUUUCUUUUCCCUUAUCUGGUUGCCUGUUUUUGACUGUGAGGAAUCACCUGUUCAGGCACAGUAAUUCUCUAUUAUUUUUGCUCUGUGGGUAAAGGGGCUGAAUUCUUACCCUGGAGCCUCUUGAGAGCACGGACUCACUUAACACAAGCUUAUGAAAUUCAGUAUUAAAAGCUGCAUUUACCAUUAGCCAAAUAAGCUAGCUGAACACUGAGUUCUGUUGGCAGUUCUUUUCCUUGUUCAGUCUUGCAAUCUCUGUCCUUUGCUGCUUUUUUCAUUUUGUGUGAAGGGGAUGCAAGUGCUGAAAAUUGCUGGUCACCCCGAUGAUAUACCUCUCAGCCAGCACACAAUUCAAGCAUUUUCAGGUGUCCCAGGUGCAUUCUUUUUCCCUGAUAAAUCCAGUUGUUUGCCCAAACACAUCUCAACAGUUGUGUUGUUCUGUGUACAAAUGUUCAUACCUGCUCAAGGAUUAAUUUUUUGACAUAAAAAGAUUUGUCAUGGAAUGCAGGGGUUUUGUAGGUUGCUGCUUUUGUUAACCAAAAAUGGGAGACUUUUAGACUUUUGUUCAUUCAAUAAAAUUUGUUUUCUA